GUUUGAGGCGAAACCAUUUGGGGCAAAGGGGGGGGGUGACGGAAAAGGCGAGGAACAGAAUGAAAGAAAAGGUCAAUUGACGUGGAGGGUGAAGAAGCCGUCGGCGGCAUCAGACGUAGCCAGCAGAGUCGGAGGCGGCGUAAGCAGCUGCCGUUGAAUACGGCGCGGAGCAACCGAGGGUUGGAAAAUGAAGAAAAGUGAAAUGUGUUGAGUUGCCUCUGAGGGUCAUGAAAAUGCCAGCAGAGGAGAGUGAAGCCAAGGCAAAAACCAAGGUUCGUUUUGAAGAAAUUUUCAAGAGCCAUGCUGACCUGGCAGAUAAAAAGAAAUCGAAGAAGAAAGCAUCAGGGACGCCAGAGAACAUUGUGCUUGAAACAUUCAAAAAUCAUCUUGGCAUUACCCAAGAAAGUGAAAACGAUGAGGUAAUUAUAAAUGAUACUUAUAACGCAGAGGAAAGGAGUCCACGGAUUACAAAAAGCAAGCUCAGACACAAAGCCUCAGUUGCAGAAAAAAUAAAUAAUAAUGUUGUUAGUGGAGAGGAAAGCGUGCAAACAACGUCUAAUAAGAAGAGGAAAAAGACAGUGUUACACGAACAACUUAAUGAGGAAGAAAACCUAUGUGAAACUAAGUUGGACAGUUUUGAAAAACAGAUUCAUGUUUUUUCAAAGAAAAAAACAAAAAGUGUGUUAGAGGCAGAUGCAUUUCAUCAAAAGGGGGACAGCCACAUAAAAAGUGCCUUGAAUGGAAUGAGAGGGAGAUCUGAAUUAGAUGAGGAAGAGCAGCUAAUUCAAGCCUAUGAGCAGCAAGUGGCUGAGGAAGAAGCAAAUGCAAUUAAGAAGAAAAUAAAAAAGAAACUUAAAGAACAGAUGUCUGAAGUCGCCCUCAAUGUUCAAAGCCAGGAAAUGGCACUGAAUAAUGAAGUGAGCAAAAAGAAGAAAAAGAAAAAAGAAGUAUCUGUUGUAUCUGAAGCUCAAACAAGUGCAAUGUCCCUCUCUGAACUACAGAAUGACCCAGAGGAAGAAAAUACUAGCAAAAAGAGAUCAUUGGAAAAAGCACUCAUAUCAGAAUCUAAAGAGGAUGAUGUGUUAACAAAGGAACAGGAACUGGAGGAGGAUAUUGAAAAACAGAAAUCUAAAGGAAAGAAACUGAAAAGAAAACCCAAAAAAGUACUAGAAGAAAAUACCCCAAAUGCUAAUGAAAAUACAUCACAUGUGACUGAUGGAAGUGUUUCACCGGAAUCAAAACCUGUUUACGAUGAUAGCCUCGUUUUAGGGGUUUACAUCCAUCGAACAGAUCGACUUAAAACUGAUCUCAUGGUAUCACAUCCUAUGGUUAAGGUUCAUGUGAUUGAUCAGAAAACUGGUCUAUAUGCCAAGAAAGAAAAUAGCAGCCGAUCCGUUUCAUCUUUUUAUGAACAAGAAAAAGUGGGACAUAUUCUUCCCAUUAUGACCCAGCCGUAUGAUUUUAAACAGUUUAAGUCAACACUUCCAGAAUGGGAGGAGCUAAUCAUUUUCAAUGAACGCUUUAACUAUUUCCUUCAAGAUGCUGAAGAAAGUCCAAGAAUAAUCCUGUUUUUUGAGCUACUUGAUUUUCUGAGCAUGAAUGAUGUAAAGACCAACUUUGAUGUACAAGCUAAGGAAAGUGGCUUUCGGAAAAUCUCUUGGGCAUUUCUAAAGCUUGUGGGUGCAAAUGGAGUUCUAAAUGUUGGUGGAAAACUACGUCUCCAACUAUAUUGCCCUCCUCCAAGGUCCAGAUCGCAUCUAAAUAUUGUGGAAGUUUAUGAUUGGUGGGCAAAAUGUCCCAGAAACCAUUACCCCUCAACACUGUAUGUAACUAUAAAGGGCAUUAAACUUCCAGAACAUGUAGAUCCUUCUUUACGGUCUAUGAUGGCUGUUCAGCAGGAGUAUCAUUCUCCAUCAUUCUUGGACCUGCAAAGUGAAGUAUCUAAAAAAGCAAAUAAUUCUGGACCACAUGUGAAAAAAGAAGAACGAUAUAAGUGGUCACGAUUUCCUGGACAGGUUUGCCGUAUACCAAAUAAGCAUCUGUUUUCCCUUCGAGCGGGAGAUAUGGGAUGUUUCUGUAUUCGCUUUUCCGAAGACGGACGAACCUUAGCAGCAGGUUGUGCAGGAAGAGAUACUUAUCCGAUUAUUGUAUAUGAGAUUCCUUCUGGGCAAAACCUGGUGGAGUUUUAUGGACACCUGAACAUUGUAUAUGAUCUUUGCUGGUCAAAAGAUAACCAGCAUCUCCUUACCGCAUCCUCAGAUGGUACGGCAAGAAUGUGGAAGAUUGAAGCCCAGGCUACAUCAGCCGUGAGAGUUUUCCCUCAUCCUUCCUUUGUCUACACUGCCAAGUACCACCCAGUAGCUGAAUAUAUUGUAGUGACAGGAUGCUACGACUCUGUCAUUAGAGUAUGGAAUGCAAAAGUGAAGGACAUUUAUGGGCAGCUUCUACAAGAGUUUGAUGGUCACAAAAGUUUUAUCAAUACAUUGUGCUUUGAUGCAGAAGGAUUUCAUAUGUUUUCUGGAGACAGCACAGGGCUGAUCCUCAUCUGGAAUACUUUGGUAAAAGGCAAUUCUCAAUCACCAAUCCAAAGCUGGGGUAUUGAUAAGGAGAUAAAUGAUGAUGAUUUUAAAGGGACUGCGAUCAGUCAUUUAGAGGUACAUCCAAAUGGAAGGCGUUUAUUGAUCCAUACUAAAGACAGCACUGUGAGAAUUAUGGAUCUCCGAAUCCUUGCCACAAAGAAAUAUAUUGGUGCAACAAACUAUCGAGAAAAAAUCCGCAGUACUUUAACACCAUGUGGAACAUUCCUUUUUUCUGGAAGUGAAGAUGGUAUAGCCUAUGUCUGGAAUCCAGAAACAGGUGAUCAGGUAGCCAUGUACUCUGACCUUUCCUUCACAUCUCCAGUUCGUGAUGUUGCCUUCCAUCCACAUGAGCACAUGGUGUCAUUUUGUGCCUUUGGUCAAAACCAGCCUAUACUCGUGUACAUUUAUGAUUACAAAGUUGCCCAGCAAGAAGCUGAAUUAGUAAAAGAUUUUAGAGGAUUGAAUCUUUCCACAUCAUCUAGAGGUCCACAGAUUUUUAGCAAAUCUGCUGAUAUUUCUGGACAAAAAGACUCAAUGUCUCCUGCCGACCAGUUUGCCAGUGCUGCAAGAAUGUCUCUGAGGAUGCAGAAAGUGAAACAAAAACUGGAUUCUGUUAUGACCAGUUCCAGUGCGUUGCUUCCUAGUCCAUCCCUCCUUUCACCACACUCCAAAUUAAGUUUGGCAAGUACACUGGGAAAACCACCAAUUCCUCUGUAUCCUCUUCCUACUCAAAGCGGGAGCUUCAUCCCAGUAGGAAAUCCUUUUUGCCGAAGCCCGUCAGCUGGACUACACACGAAUGCUGAGUUUCCAGCAACACCCUAUGUGAGAGGAGACACUAGUUCCGGUUCAGUCUCUGUCCAAGAAACAGUAGUGGCUCUUUAUGACUACACAGCGCAUCGAUCAGAUGAGCUAACCAUCCAUUGCAGUGACAUUAUCCAAGUGUUAUACAAAGAUAAUGAUAACUGGUGGUUUGGCAGUCUGGCGAAUGGACAGCAAGGCUAUUUUCCAGCCAAUUAUGUGGUUGGCGAAACACAAUAUGAAGAACAACUAUCUUCAGGUUUGGCCGAAGAUGCUACUCCUCUUCUUUUCAGUGAACUGGGAGAAUCAGCAUCACCAGCUAUGCCUGGGAUAUCAGCAUACUUCAAUAAGUCAGGAGACCAAAGAUUUAUUUCAGAGAAUGACACAGACUACCUGACUACACAGAGUGGAAAGAGGAAGACAAAGAAGAAAGGCAUACAAAUGGAGCAGGCGGAAGCCACAGAAUGCAAGGGUAAUGCAAUUGACAACUUUCCAUCUAAUGAUGUUGAGGAUGAACCUAAGAAAAGCAUGAUGAAGAAGAGGAAGAAAAGAGCUGUCAAAACUGCAAGUUCAAGUGGAACUUCAAAUGAUGCUUUCCAGCUGGACUCUCCCAAAGCAUAGUCUCCAUUUUGUUUUUGGAUGCUGAUUUCAUGGAUAAAAAGUAGUAUGAAAAAACAUUCCACUGUUUAUCAUGGAAUGAUGGUAUCAUGUUUAUCAUGGUGUGCUGAGCCCAAGGAGAAGAACAUGUACUGAAUGUUCCACUGAAACGCAUAUGAGUUAAAGCACCAAGUAUGACUUCAGUAUUUCAUUUUUGCAAAUAGAAAACACUUUGAAAUAUCUCAAUAUUUCUCAAUUGAAAUAUCUUCAACACCAUUGAAAUAAUCAGUUUUUGUUGGGCCUAUUCAUGUCAAGAUAAAGUGGUCCGAGAAUAGUUUGUUUAAAAUUUUAAAAAGCACUUUCAUGGGUAAAGUCAAAAGAACUGUUUACCGAGGAAUAGCCUUUGCAACAGUCUCACAUACUGAUGUGCAUCUGCAAAUGAGAGUGAAUAAUCAUAUGAGUAAAUCCCAGCUACCAUCACUACGGGAUGCAACAGACAAAUUUUUGUAUAUUGAUAUUUAAAAUAAAAGUUUUAAUGUAUAUUAUUAAUGCACAUUAAUAUUAAUAGUAUUAAAACAAUGCAAUAGCAAUACAAUAGGUUUUGCAGAAUUCUGUUUUUGUUAUACUCAAAGCAUUGCCAAAUUCGUUUUCUACUUUGUCCUGAAAACCUGUUUUGCAUCAAUAUGUGGGUGGGAUAUAUUUUUGUGUCAUAUUAUGUUUAUGCUCAGGUGUAACUGUUUUUAAAUUAAAAGGCAUUAAGUUGUGAAGGAAUUAUUCAUGAUGAUUUCCGGUGACUUUAUUUAUGGUCCUCUUGUGUAUGUUGACUGCGGAUGUCCAGGUUAUUUAUACCAUGUUAGGAAAUUCUGCCCCCUUCCUUUCUGAAGCAAUAAAUAACAUAAAAUUAGAAAACCCUUUUUUUAGUAGUCAUGGCAUUUGAUUCCAUUAAAAAGAAAGAAGUGAGAAUAAC